UGAGGAGUUUUGUUUAUUCAAACUUUGCAUCUCGUGUUGUGCAUAUCGCCAGAAAGCUGAUAGUAGCCAACUAGUGUACUGUGUGGCCAUGAAGGACUGGAUCAGUUUAUUCGGCGUCUUCAGGGGGAAGUACAACUCCGUCAACAAUGGGACGACGUCCACGGCGCAGCAGGCGUCUUGGCGCAGUGGACACAACAGCCUCCGCAUCCAGAGACGCUCGUCGGUUUUCGUGAAUCAGUUCUUCAAGGAAACUGGAUCUGCGAAGCAGAGGAGGUUCAGGCCCAGAUGCGCCUUCAUCUUGAUGGCGCUGGGAGUUCUGUCAGUAGCGUCCGCCUGUUUCAUCCUUCUGGUGCGACCGUAUGACCUCAUAUUCAGAUUGAAAGUGAUCUUCUCCCCUGGCGGUGAGACCUUCGAGCUAUGGCGCAAGCCCCCGGUGGACCUGUACCUCCGGGUGUGGCUGUUUAAUGUGACCAACAAGGAGGCCUUCAUGGCAGGGAAGGAGAAGCUCCGAGUGCAGGAGUUGGGCCCAUACGUCUACAGGGAGCUGCUCGAGCACACCAACGUCACCUUCAAUGACAAUGGCACCCUGACGAUGAUACCGCGACACCCUCUGGUAUGGGUACCGGAGCUUAGCGCCGGCAAAGAGGACGACGUACUUGUGCUCCCCAACAUCGCGUUACUGAGCAUCGCGGACGUGGUGAAGGACAUGUCAUUCUUCACGAGAAUGGGUAUCAAUCUGCUAGCCGGACAGACCGACUCGGAGGGAUUGGUCGCCAUCACGGCGCGCGAAUUCAUGUUCGGGUACAAGAAUCCCCUGGUGACCAUCGGCAACACCUUCAUGCCCAGCUGGAUAAAGUUUGAUAAACUUGGACUGAUAGACAGAAUGUAUGACUUCGACGGCGACGUCGCGACGGUGUACACCGGCGAGAAGGACGUGCGGAAGGCUGGCCUCAUCGACACGUACAGAAGACUGCCCAGACUGCCUCACUGGCACGGUGGGCACUGCAGCCGCGUCAGGGAGGCCAGCGACGCCACAAAGUUUCCGUCACUCAUCCAGCCCAACGACACCAUCUACUUCUACCGGAAGUCCGUUUGCCGGGCAAUGCCAACGAGGUUCACCGGCGAAAUGAAGACAAUUCAAGGGCUAAAAGCCUAUCGCUUCACCUUCCUCGACAAUUCCCUGGACAACGGGGAGGUCAUCCCGGAGAACAAGUGCUUUUGUCGCAAUGGGAAAUGCCUGCCAGCCGGUCUUAUCGACGUUCAUGACUGCUACUAUGGUUUUCCCAUCGGAGUAUCAUAUCCUCAUUUCUACCAGGGUGACCCAGCACUGGUGGAGGCUGUGGAAGGCUCAUAUCCUGACAAGAAGAAACAUGAGUCACACUUCUAUAUUGAACCUAGAUCAGGCAUUCCCUUGGAUGUAAUGGUGCGCUUCCAGAUCAACAUGGCACUUGGGGACCUCAGAGGCAUUCCCAGAGCUGCUAAGUUCAGCAACAUGAUAUUGCCAAUGUUGUGGACCGAAUUUCGGAUGUCCAGUCUGCCAGAAGAUCUCAACAACCGGUUCAUCCUGUAUUUGAAUGUGUUGCCAAUGGUUGAGAAGGUGUUGAUGUACAUGCUAUUCUGUACUGGUGCCAUGUUUCUUCUGGGGAGUAUGUCCCGAAUCCUGCUGCUCAACUUGGAUCUGCAGAAGAAGUCUGCCAACAUGGACUUCAGCCAUGGGAAUCCUAAAGAAUUAAAGCAAAUUCAUCUAAAGAACAAGAAGUGCAGAGGCAAAUGGCCUGCCUCAGACAGAACAAAGGAAGUGGAGGCAUUCUACAGCUCACUACUAACACCAGCAGUGCAUGAGGACUCCCCCGAGGACAGUCUGAACAGCACAGAGAUGGACGAUCUGGCAGAUGAUUCUAGUAGGUUAUCCAGCAUAACUAUCCCGGUGUCAGAAGAAGGCAUUGACAAUUACAGCUGUGACAAAGUGGAAACACCCCCCCAACUAGAUGAUCUCAUUAACUUCUCCCAACUCAAAGAGGCCAUUGUGUGAUUUGAUAGAAAUGUAAGUCUGAAAACUUGUCUGACUUCCUCAGCAGGAAUUUUUUUCGUAAUUGAGGAACAUUCAGAUGGCUCUGGAAUAUUUCUGCAACAAACGUGAACUCCAGCAUUGUGGAUAUGUCUUCAGAAAUAGUUUGCCUUCCAGAGUAGCAUAAAUAUGCUUUAAUUGAGAGAAAUAUCUCCACAACUAUCUUAAAAUUGUGUACAAGUAUUGGAAUGGAAGUCACUUUGGACGAACAAACUGAUGUUAUGUCUACCUGAUAUCUGACUACCAUUGCAGACUCUUGCCCAGACUGAUAUCAAUGGAUUGAUUACUGAAGUGUAGUGAUGGACAGUUUUGUACUGAAAGUUUAGUUUUUUCAUGAGAUUAUUCUGGACUUGUGGCACAGGCCAAGGUUGUGAGAGCUGGUGGAACCAGCACAUGUCAGGUUAUCAGUUCUGUAGCUACACCAAGUUGAAAUUAGAGAAUUCCACAGAGAUAUUAACAGGAAGAGUAAGUAUAGAGGGUCCCCAUGGAUGACAUAUGAAGGCACAAGCUCAGAUCAAGUUCUUGCCAUAUUAAAAAGAGUUUUGAGGACUGAAUGAUGGCCCUCUGCCCCCAGUGACAAUUCAGUUUCAAUGGUUCACUAAGGAACCAUUGAAUUUAGUGCACAAGUAUGCCAUGCAGUUGAUAUGAACUCUUUGUAGUGUAGAGCUCAUGCUGACAUGGAGCUGCCUGAACCUGAACAUGUUCAAAAUGUAUUCUCAGAAACAUGGAAUUGUCAUCUCAUAAUGAAGACAGCAUAAUUGUUCCAGAAGUUAUAAAUAGAUAAUACAGACCACAGAUCAACAAACAAUGUAAUGAAUCUUAGCUGUAUCAAAAUAUAUUAUGUAUUUAUGAAACAUAUUACAUUUGAGAGAAUGUAACUCACCAAAAAUUGAAAACAUUUUAAAUAAUGCUUGACAAAUCGAACACAUGCUUCAGAUGAAUUACAGGUGAUGGGUUGGCCCAAACAGUGAUAGUUGUUCUUCAUUAAGAUGAUUUGCCAGUUUGUAGAUACACAUCCUGUGAACCAUGGCAUGGAACAUAAUGUUAAGGCCAGUAUUCAUUAUAAUCAGACUAUGCAGAUGAUCUAUAACUUUAUCAUGAGAACAACAAUACUGAGGUCUGAGAUCUUUGGUUUGCAGCAAUGCAGUGCUUUGGAAGGAAUGUGAGAUAUUUUGUAAGAACUUUCUGUCUUUCUCUUUCAAGACUGCAUGAAACUGUAACCCAGAAAUAAUUAACAAGAAACUUUUGUCCUCCAAUGACGAGAAGGUGAGACAGCAAUAAAGGACCACUCAGUGUGUACUUUGCAAGCUGAAAAUAUUGGAAUGAUUUUUGGAAUGCUUUUGCUUUUACUGUUGUUAUACUGAAUCUCAUGUCACUAAAUGAGCAGUAGUAUGGUCAACAUCAUCCACUUCUACGCACAAUUUUCAUUGCCUUCUCUUUAUUGGAGGAAAGAAGUAACGUCACAGAACAUUGCUCAGACGUGAGAAAUUACAUAUCAACUUUUGUAGUGAAUUUUAUAUUGAAGAUUCUCUGUGUUACCCCGUGCAUGGCAGCUGUUCAAGCUACAUUACUGUGGAACACACAAAGACUGCAUGCAUCAAGUGAAUUAGUGAUAAUACUAUGCCUCGUAACUAUGGGUGAAAUUUUACAAAUUGAAGCCAAAGUCCAAAAUUCAGGUCUUCAGCCAAACAGUGCAUCUUAUGACAGCAAUUGCUGGGGCUGCUUAGCCCAUAUAUUUUAUUAAUAUAGAACUCUUUAGAUUACUAGACAAGGCAGACUGAGAGGACAGGCAUAGGGUCCAAGAGUGUCCCUCUUCCAGAGUAGAACACAGUACAGUCUGGUGAGAGGCAGUCAGCAUUUUGAAAGAACAUAUCACCUCCACCUUCAGGGUCAAAGAGUAAGCCAAGCAAGCAACCAGAAUGAAACAAGCAUGCCUGAAGAUGGAAGCAGUAUGUUCCUCUGAAACAUCGUCAGUUGACAUUCACUGGAUUAUGCAGUGUUACUUUCCACAAGACAAAACACUUCGCAAUCACUGCUGUAAGAAUCUCAAUGUCAACAAAGGACUAGGGUUCUUGUGUUUUAUCUCCCACUCACUAAAAAAUAUGUUCUUAACUCAUUAAAUACCAAAUUAAUUUUUAUCUUAAUUGUAUAUUAUUUUUAAUGAAAUGUAUGUGGAAACAGCUUAUAAAGUACACAACUGAAGCUGGGAAUAAUGUUUACAAACAGUUACAGAAACAAUGACUGCCCUCAAAACAGAACAAAUGGGGAUUAAUGUUAUAACACAGUCUUGGUUUCUGUAUAUAUUUUACAUACAUAUUUAUGCUUAUUGUUACAUAGUGAGAAUAUCAAAAUAUAUUUAAGACAUGUGCAUAUUUCUACAUCCCUAGUCUAUGAGUACUAAAUGCUCAUCAUGUUCAUUUCGUGUGAUAUGGUGAAAUGUUCUGAAAGCAUAAAGUGGUGUGACACUUCAUAAAACAAGAGCCAAGUUUUCCUUUGCUACCAGUUCAUGACAACUCUUCUACAUUUCAUCGAGCAAUGACAUGACCAAACCCAUUAAAUCUAAAGUCAGGGAUCACUGUUAAUAUAUAGUGACAGAAUGGGCUGUCAUGUUUUAUUUCUGAUAUGGCAUAUCUGAAGCUCAAAUUUUUUCAAUUCAUUCAUCCCAUAUUGAAGUCUACAGAAUUGCCAGACACUUGUGAAUGCCAUAAUUGUCAUGUUUAGGUCAAAGGUGCAAGUUUAACUGUGGAAAGAAGCAAUGCCUAGAGCUACACAAAAUUCAAACAUCCUCUUUGCUACAAAGUAUUAGUGUCCUAUUUUGAAGAUACCAGCAUUCUGUCAGUAUAAGAUAAGACAUACUCGUAUGAUAUUGAUGGAAGUUUAUCAUGUUUGAACAUAAGAGCAGACUCACUAUAUACAGACGAAAUGGCUGGUAAUGAAAACAAAUGCAAAAAGGUAAAAUGCAGGAUAAUCAUUUAAUUUCCACAGAAUAUCAAAUAGGUAUAAAAUUUCUCUAUUAAGGUAGGCUGAUUAUAAAAACACCUCACUCCUUAAGAUAGAAUUGAACUCUAAUGAAAAAAUAAUGUAACAGAUCUUCAAAAAUAAUAUAUCAGGAUCAUCAAAAGAUAAUAAAUAAGGAAAUAUUCAAUGUUUUGUAUUUCUCAUUCUUCUCUUCUGUUUUUAUUGUGACUGUUAUUAUUUGUUAGAUAUAUCAGAAUUUUUCACAUUUCCCUUUCAAACCGGAAUUUGAUUUCUUACUGAAUGAUUUUGCAAUGGAUAAAUAGCCCAUGAAUUUUCUUAAUAAUUCUCUUUUUAAUUUUGCUUUGCUUCUUUAAUGUGGAAAAAUAAUAUUUUUUCUUGCUGUUUGGUUGCACAGUGACUAGGCUACACGCUGAAUGACCAAGAAAUCUCAGUUAAAUUUCUGGCAUGGGUAAGAGACUUGUCUCUUCUAUAUAGCAUCCACACAGCCUUUUAUCCUCUGCAUGCCGACAACACGAUUCAAUGUUUUACUUUAAAUUUCUUAAAUAAGACCUACAGGAGAGGCUCUUUCCCUGGGAGUAAAGUGGCCAGAGCACAAAGCUAAACAACCACCUGUAUCUACUGCAAAGAUUAAGAAUGGAGGAGUUCUACCUCAACUGUCCCACAUUUCUUCAUGGCAUAGUACUUAAUUAAUUAAGCACAGAGGCAACUUUACCAUUUUACCAUUUUUUAUUGUUUGGUUUCAUUCUUGUAAAUAAAAAUACAUUUAAUUUUUAAAUAAGCAAAUAAAUCUUCCAGUAGAAUCUAAAUAAUGGGAAGAUAAUGCACAAGAAACCUAUUCUGUCCUAAAUCAAUUUGUUGAAUAUGUACAAGUUCAUUUAUGCACUGGAAAAUUGUUGGUAUCAUGACCUCACCAUAUUACUUGAUGUAUAUUUAGGUUUGCUUUACUCCUGGUAUCAUCCCUGAACUUGCUUUCUCAUGUUCUUCCUUGGGCGAAAAAUAUUUUUAUUGUCUAACGGUGGGGCAUCUGUUGUUUCAGGAUUUCUCAAAUCUCAUCUUAACAGAGAAUAUGAAACUAGAAACGUUGUUUGUAUGAUCAUUUGUUGAUCAAAGUAUUGUACAUAGCCAACUUACUAUAAGUACUGAUGUUUACUGUUCAUGCCAUUUUUUUCAGAUCAUUGUACAGUUUAUGUAAUUACAUUAUUUACAAUUUA